GGCCUCCCCCUCCCCUGCCUCGCGUUCUCGUUCGCGUCCGCGUUCCCUUGCCUUUCUUUUUCUCCUCUCGCUCUCCGCCUCCCUCGACUCGAGCCGCUUCCUUCCACGGUUCCACCCACCACCUGACCUCCCCCUCCUCGCUCCCUCUCCCGUCCCGGCACGAACGCCGCGCGCCGAGCCGGGCCAGCGGCCGGAAUGCCCGCGCAGAAGCGCCCGCUCCCGCCGCCCGCCUCGCCAGGCCCCGACGCCCACGUCGAGGAAGCUCCUGGCGCCGACGCGGACGGCGCGGGAGGCCGGAGGUCCCCGAAGCUGACGCUGAACGGAGCGCCGGAGGAGCGGGGCGGCGGGCCGCGGCAGGCCACGGACCGGCGCCACGAUUCCGACGCUGACGACGAGGAGGAGGAAGGAGACGGCGAAGAAGGCGGCGGCGGGGGCGGCGACGACGACUGCGACAGCCAGUCGUCGCAGAGCGACGCCGAGAUGGACGAGUUUAUACUUGUGAAAUUAAUGGAUGUUCGGAAGGAAGUGCAGUGCCCUAUAUGCUUAGGCAUUAUUCGAAAGACAAGGACAGUCAUGGAGUGUUUGCACCGGUUUUGUAGGGACUGCAUAGAUAAAUCCAUGCGACUUGGAAAUAAUGAAUGCCCAGCAUGCCGCACUCACUGUGCAAGUAGGCGUUCCUUGAGGGAUGAUCCUAACUAUGACGCUUUAAUUCUGGCUUUGUAUCCAGAUAUUGAUAAGUAUGAGGAAGAGGAACUUGCUUUCAGUGAAGAGGAAAGAACCCGUAACAAAAAGAUUCAAGAAUCCAUCGCUGAGACAUUUCGGAGACAAACAGAAGCACUUGUGAAGAAGCGCUCCACUGCAAAAACAACAGAUGCAGCUUCAACAAGAAAGACUCGACGGAACAUGCGAUCAAGGAGGAGAGGGCGAACUAGUUCUCCUGAUAUUGUUCCAACUGAUUUUGAAGAUGAGGAUAGGGAAGAAAAUGGUAAUGAUGGAAGCAAGGAGUCAUCAUCUGUUGAUGACCGCUCCCCAGAUGUAAGGCCGAAAAGAGCUCGGAGGUGGCCCGUGCCACGGCGUUCCCCUGCUAAGACUACUGGGAGUAUCGACAAUGGCAUUGAGGACAAUGAUGACUCAGGAGGUGCUAGAGACUUAGUGACUGCUUCUCCGCUGCGGGGAGAGAUGCUUGCAUGGGGGAAAAAUGGCACUCGCAGCCAAACCAGGCAUGGAAAUGCCAGUGGCUCCAGUGGAAGGAUGGCCAAGGGUGGCCGUGUUGCUAAGUUGGUGGAUCAGCUCCGUAAUACUGAUGACUUUGAUCGUAAGUUGAGCUUGUAUCUUGUCCUGCUUCCACUUGAUGGACAAAGUAUGCCUACACUGGAAAAGCCCUACCUCAGUUGUCAGCCAACACUAUCUGUUCAGCAUCUCUGCCAGUUUGUUGCUCUUCAGUUAUCUCGGCAACCCAAAGAAGUCGAGAUAUACAUUAGGAAAAGUUCCAUGGAUGCAUCUUUGUCAGCCAAUAACACCUGUAAAGAUGAGAUAAAGCCAGAUCAAUCUAAUGGUUUGGAAAGAUUGUGGGAAGAGAAGUCUCUUUCGGAGCUGUACCCUUCACUCACCACCUGUCAAGGAGAUCUGGAAUUGCUAUACUCUCUGAAAAAACAAGUGUAGAUCAAUUUUCUUCACAAGUUUUCCUGCACUAUCAACUCCGAUCAUCGCCUUGAACACCAUGGUCUGCAAGUAUCUUCACCUGGUGAAAGCUUUGUACAUAAAGCAUUCAAUAUAGAAAAAGGGCGCAAAAUAGCCUAUUAUUUACCGUUGCUUGUUUUAAACUUGCUCUGAAAUAUUGUGACAUAUGUACCCGGUUCAUUGGUUAAAAGUGUAUGGAACCGAGUACAAUA